UGAUAAACUGUUUACGCCACCUACCUCGUCCAAUGAGUACGCUUUAGUUUGUUAAGUCAGCGGUCAGGAUUGUCAAAAUGUCUCUCUCAGAAGAUCAAAAGAACGAGUACAAGGAUACCUUCUCCCUUUUUGAUAAGAAAGGGGAUGGUAAGAUUGAGACAUCUCAGCUCGGAGCGGUCAUAAGAGCUCUUGGACAAAACCCGACCCAAGCAGACAUCAAGAGAUUUGCCCAAGGAUUUAGUAAAGAUCACCGCAUCAACUUUGAGGAGUUUCUGCCAAUCCUUGCCUCUACCCAGAAGAUCAAAGAGCAGGGUGGUGUGGAUGACUACAUUGAGGGUCUCAGAGUAUUUGACAAAGAUGGUAAUGGUACCAUCAGUGCUGCUGAGCUUCGCCAUGUCCUGACAAGUCUAGGAGAGAAGAUGUCAGAUGAAGAGGUAACUAAUCUCUUACUAGGAAUGGAAGACCUACAAGGACAGGUCAACUAUGAGGAGUUUGUGAAGAUGGUUCUUGCAAACUAGAAAUGGCCAUUGUCUCUCCUAGACAAGUAAAGUGACUCACAAUCCCUCUCAAACCAUCCAAGUAGCAGAUCUUCCAGAAGACCACCAAAGUUGUCGCCAAACACCAAAGUCUUAAAAAUGUACAUCAUGUCUUUGGAGUAUCCCAACCAGACAUACAUCCUCUAUGGCAUGAACUGAAACAUAACUUGUAGCAAGCUUGUUCAACGUCUAGCAGUAAUUAUAGUACUGUGGCAUGCUCUGUUAAAAACAAAACUUUCACCACCACUAUGAAAGUUAUCUUUCUAGAUGUACAAAUUCUGUACUUCACAGGAAUUUUUCUACCUUUUGUUAGAGCUCAGUUGAAAAAUAAAUAUGCCCUUUUAAAAUGUAAAUUUGAAUCCAACUGUUAGCGGCUUGUGUAAUUUUAAGCAACAUCCAAAGACACUAAAUUUCUGAAUUGAUCCAAACUGAAAAAUACCUUUCAUAAAGCAGCUAACCACACAUACUUAGCUCAGAAAAAUCUGUUUACUGGAAAUGAGGUACUAAUGAAAUCACAAUGUGUUGCAUGUUGUUUGAUGACUGGUUCUCCUUUUAAUUUGGUUAAGCCUUAGUUUCUGAUUCGCAGCGCUAAGAAGUUAGACCUUCAUUGCGACAUCUCAUCUAUGCAUCUAAUUGUAACAGUUUUUUAGUGUUUGUGUGACGUUUAAAUGUGUGUCGAAAAAGAAUACUCCAAAGUAAAGAUCUGGUUCUCAACAUCGUAUUUUUCAUUUUCAUUUUCUGGGCCCUCAUCAUCUUGCUGUUUAAUUUUUAUUUUUUGUGGCCCAAUUUUGUACUCAAAUUAAGUCUCGGUUAGUGUGUACUUUGCAUUUUACUUAAUUUAACGGCAAGGGAAAAGCAUGAAAGCUCGGCAACUUUAUAAAGUGUGCUGUCUCACUGAUGCUGUCAGAUAAGUGAAUAGGAUCAUAUUGUCAAUGCCUCGUUAUAUGCUUCUGUUUUUCCAAUUUUGUUUGUUGUUUUUCUUUUUUGAGUUCUUUUCUGACAGCUCUGCAACCAUCAUGUAGUUAACAUAAAUCAAACAAACCAAACUAUUACGCAAAAUAUUCAUAUAGGGGCCUAAAAGAGAAAGCUUGACAACAUAAUUAUUGAAUAAUGCAGUACAUCGUUUUAUAAUCCGCCCUCAUUACCAUACCUUUUUUAUUUUAAUGAAUUUUCUUUCAAUUGUGACUAACAAUUAAACAAUGUGCUGUUUUUUUCAUUACUUUAAUUGAUUAAUUCAAAUAAUAUGCAUAGAUUUAAUAAUAAAUUCUGUAUAAUAUAAUAAUUCUGCAUACAUUGCCAUGGUAUAUGUAGGAAAGCGUAGUUAUAUUUUUAUGGGUAGUUUGUUUAAAUAUUCUAAAACUUUGACGAAUUUUGCUCACAAGAUCUGCCUUGACCAGACUGCAAGGCUUUUUUAGUUUUUUUCUUCAGCGAUCUUUCCUUUUCAAGAAAAUUUAGAAUACUAUAACUGGGAAAAUUAUAACAAGUUCAGCAUUAGCAUUAAUGAGUUUUAUACUAUUUAUUUUAGUUGUAACAAAAUGUAACGUUCUUUCACAAAAAGUAAUUCUAUGGAUAUUUACUGAGCCACCUUGUUCUCAAGGGCAGCGGUCUGUAUUGGUCCUCCCCCCCCCCCCCCCCUCACAUACAACAUGCAGAGAAAAAAACAUAAGACAUGCAAUCUGGGAAUGAGUUUAAGCAUCACCCGUCAGCCAGAGCACAUUCUUAGGCCGUGUCCGAAACGACGACUUCGGCUACAGCUACGUCUAGAUCAGCGCGUCUACCAGUGUUGAAGAAUAGGCAGACGCGCGCGAUCUAGCCGUAGCUGUAGCCGAAGUCGCCGUUUCGGACACGGCCUUAUUUGAAGGUCCCAUUUUGUUCCAUGGAAACUAUAAGGUUUACAUGAUUAUAUAACGGAACUAAAAUAAUUAUCAAAUUUCUGCAUGAUAAUGCUGUAGGUGAGGACAUCAGCUAGUUUUGUUGUGGGUAUAUCUUUGAAUAUUUUAAACAUUCCUACGAUCAUUUAAAUUGUAUCUUUUUGUGAUAGAAUAAAUCAUCAGUCUUGUAGAAAAUUGUAAA